ACAUGCUUAGCUGUGACUCUCCUCUUUCUCACAAGAAAGUAAAGCAAAAAGAAGCGAGCAGAGGGAUGGAUAUUUAUUGUGGGAAAAAACUCCACGUUUCCUCUAAUUUGUACAAGAAAGGCAGUUCUCCUGUUCUUUAAACAUUACGGGAACAGGUGGGUAGGAACCGCCUCCUCGCUCAGCUGGUUGCCACAUAGCAGGGUCUUAACUGACGGCGCAGGGCUGGGAGACCUCAGCCCUCCCUGGAGGGGAGCAGGGGCAUGGCUGUCUCUUCCUGAGACCCUCACAGCAGGAGCAAACCAAGAAAUCUGACCGAGGAAGUGGCCCCCGUGUGCCAACUCUGAAGCAGUUAACGCUAAAAUAACUGUGAAUGUGGGAACAAGUUGCUUUUAGACACAUACACGCUUUUUUUUCAGCCUUCAGUGUGUGAUUUCUAAAUUACAAUGUUAUGUAUUUUGUUUUGGGUUCUCUUAGCUGCUGAAACAAAGAUCACAGACCCCACAAGAGCCUCUACUUCCCUCUCAAACGGAUUCCAAAAAGCAGCCCCAGCGGGUCCAACAGAACAGAAACUGGAUUUCAGAUAAAGCAAAGAGAGAGGCGAUGGGGAUGGAAAACACAGACCCCGAGGCCAAAGGGGCCUCCGGGCCCUCGGGGUUGCUGACGAGCAGGAAGGCAGCGGUGCAGCCCGAGGAGAAAGGGGCCAGGAAGAGGACCGGUGCUGACGUGUCUCCGCAGCAAGGCGGCAUCAAGCAGAAGAAGCGGAAAGCUGGGGAGCCUACUGCCCCACUGCCUCCAGCCCCGCCCACCGAAGACGACAUCUGGUUUGACGAUGUUGAUCCAGCAGACAUCGAAGCGGCCAUUGGCCCGGAGGCAGCCAGCAUAGCGAGGAAGCAGCUGGGUCAGAGCGAGAGCAGUGUCACGCUGGUGAAGGAGCGGGCCUUCGGCGGGCUGACUAAAGCCUUAGCCAUGGACUGCGAGAUGGUGGGCGUGGGCCCCAAGGGGGAGGAGAGCAUCGUGGCCCGCGUGUCCCUGGUGAACCAGCACGGGAGGUGCGUGUACGACAAGCACGUGAAGCCAACCCAGCCAGUGACCGACUACAGGACCGCGGUCAGCGGGGUCCAGCCUGCGGACCUGGCGCAGGGAGAAGAGUUUGAAGUUGUUCAGAGGGAAGUCGCGGACCUGCUCAAGGGCCGGAUUCUGGUCGGACAUGCGCUGCACAACGACCUCAAGGCACUGUUUCUGGGCCACCCGAAGAGGAAGAUCCGGGACACUCAGAAGUACAAGCCUUUCAGGACCCAAGUGAAGAGCGGACGGCCAUCUCUGAAGCUGCUUGCAGAGAGAAUCCUGGGGAUUCAGGUGCAGCAGGCGGAGCACUGUUCCGUCCAGGACGCACAGGCGGCAAUGAGGCUGUAUGUCCUGGUGAAGAGGGACUGGGAGAGCCUCUCCGGGGACAGGCGGCCCCCCGCCCCCGAGGCCGGCAGCCAGGACACCUAG